CCUAGAAAUAAAAACUCAUGCAUUCGUUAUCUCUUCCACGUAACAAACUCGCUCUAUCCGCAACUCUCACAGUCACAGCUCCCCAAUACUCGACCAGAAGCCGCCAUGCCAGGUCCCGUCGUUGAAGAAACUGAAGCCCAGAAGAAGCUUGAGGAUGAGCCAGUGGUGGAGGACGUGAAGGAAGAUGAGGAGCAUGAUGAUGAUGCUGCUGAUGAUUCUGAUGAUGAAGAUGAUGAUAAGGAUGAUGGCACCCCAGGUGCUAAUGAUAGUUCCAAGCAAAGCAGAAGUGAGAAGAAGAGUCGUAAGGCCAUGUUGAAACUCGGGAUGAAGCCUGUUACCGGUGUUAGUAGGGUCACAAUUAAGAGAACCAAAAACAUAUUGUUUUUCAUCUCAAAACCGGAUGUCUUCAAGAGCCCAAAUUCGGAGACCUAUGUCAUUUUUGGAGAGGCCAAGAUUGAAGAUUUGAGUUCUCAGCUGCAGACUCAGGCCGCCCAACAAUUCAGGAUGCCCGACAUGGGCUCUGUGAUGUCGAAGCCAGAAGCAGCCACCACAGGUGUAUCUGCACCAGCUGAUGAAGAAGAAGAGGAGGUUGAUGAGACUGAUGUUGAGCCUCGUGACAUUGAUUUGGUCAUGACACAAGCAGGAGUUUCCAGGACCAAGGCUGUCAAGGCUCUGAAGACUCACAAUGGUGACAUUGUUAGUGCCAUCAUGGAGUUGACAACCUAAACCAAUUAUAAUUAGCCUAGCUUUUGAGGUUGCAUUUUUUGUGAUAAUUUUUGGAAUCAUUGGUACAAUUUAUUUCAUGGACACUGUUGUGUACCCAAAUUGUGCCUUCUCUUGCUGUUUUAAUUGAAUCUUAUUUAAUGACGAAAA